AUGAGACCUGCUGAUAUUGUAAAAGAGAGCAGGCUUGGUGCUCGGCCCUGCUUAUUUUCUGGCACUGUGAAUCCUUCUAAUUUUUGUCAGGGUCGACUGGGUGAUUGUUGGUUUUUGAGUGCUGUUGCUGUUCUGACGGAAGUUUCUCGAAUAUCAGAAGUUAUUAUUACUCCAGAAUAUAACGAGGAAGGAAUCUACACUGUCCGCUUCUGUAUUCAGGGUGAGUGGGUUCAUGUUGUUGUUGAUGAUUGGAUUCCAUGCGAAUCACCGGGUAAACCAGCAUUUGCUACUAGCAGAAAAGGUAACGAGUUGUGGAUCUCUUUACUGGAGAAGGCUUAUGCCAAAUUGCAUGGCUCCUAUGAAGCUUUAGAAGGUGGACUUGUCCAAGAUGCUCUUGUAGACCUCACUGGAGGUGCGGGGGAAGAGAUUGACAUGAGGAGUGCUCAGGCCCAAAUUGAUCUUGUGAGUGGUCGAUUAUGGUCUCAGUUGUUGCGCUUCAAACAAGAGGGAUUUCAUCUGGGUGCUGGAAGUCCAUCUGGUUCAGAUGUACAUAUUUCCUCCAGUGGCAUUGUCCAAGGUCAUGCUUACUCAUUAUUGCAG